AUGGAGAUCAGCCCCGAGCCCGAGGUGGCGAGAAACGCGCGACUAGACCGCAUCAAGCGCCGACAAGGCGGCGAGGUCAUCGAGGAGGCGCCCGGCGAGACGGAGGAGCAGGACGGCGACGAGCGUCUGCGCUUUUACUGCCACCUCGACUGGCACGAGCAGUUUGCGCCGCGCUGCAAGCACUGCCAGACGCCGAUCCUCGGCGAGCACAUUGUCGCGCUCGGCGCCCACUGGCACUACGGGCACUUUUUCUGCGCCGAGUGCGGCGACCCCUUUGAGCACGGCAUGACGCACAUUGAAAAGGACGGCUACGCGUGGUGCAUCAAGUGCCAGACGCAGCGCACGGAGCGCCGCGCGCCCAAGUGCAGGCGCUGCAAGAAGGGCGUCGUCGGCCAGUACAUCCAGGCCCUCGGCGGCGAGUGGCACGACGAGUGCUUCCGCUGCGCCGAGUGCAAGGGCGGCUUCGACGACGGGCAGGUGUUUCCUCGCGACGACGGGAGCAUCCUGUGCACGAGCUGUCGCAUGAUCGAGCUCAAACGAUGA